AUGAGCAGAAAAUUGACACUUGAUGAAGCUAUCCCAAAGGCAAUCGGCACUUUGUCGUUCGACGAGAACAACCAAUUGAUCGAGUCUACCGGUUGCGGUAAGGACAGAGUGGAUGAUAUCAUUGAAAUCUCCCAGAUGGAACUUGACAAAGAGGGAUACGGAGUCAUCUCGGAGAGUGAUGUUAUCAUCAACGUUUUCAAGAAGGCUGGUAAGACUGUUGUUGUUUAUACUCCUAACAAAUAA